AUGCGAGGCCGACUAGAAGUUCAGCGUCCCUCUCCGACGACCGUCUCCUUUACCGUAUCGAAUGCGCCCCAGCAGUCAAGUUCCCCCGCCAAAAUCAUAUUCGGUCUCCAAGUACUUCUGCGUACGGUUUUGUUUUUCUGUGUUAUUGGUGUCGGCAUCGCGCGUGUCCGAAACCUCUUCUUCCAAGCAGAUGGGAGGGUGAUAAGCUGGCCAGCCCUCUGGUCGAGCCCGCUUGGAUCCAAACUGUGUCGCUUGGUGGAUUCAUACAAUCCACUGGGAAUUGCCGUGGCUGGUGCAUUGGUGAUAUACGGUGUUUUCAGAAGAGGUCAUAUCGAGGAAUCGCUCUUGGUUAUUCGAGGUUUCGGAAUCCAGACCUCGACAUCUUCCUCGACAUAUCUUUCUACUGCCUCAACGAGGUUCAUUCCUACGACGCAAAUCCAGGAUAUUGUGAUUCACGAAGCCUUCAAGGGCUUCGAAGUCCGCUUCUAUUUGGCGGUCAUUGUUGAAGGCGAGCUUGAUGCCCUGGUGGUCUUCCCGCACAUGUUGCCCAGGCGAGAGAUCUUAGAGCAGGUUUGGAGAGGUUCUCGACGGUGUCUUUACGAUGCGAAGUCAUGA